AUAAGAGAAGCAGGCUUUAGGAUCAUGUGGCAUCCAGAGCCUUCAUAUGAAAGACGCAGGCGCCUGUCUUGUCGUUAUUAUACUAGCAUAGUCUUAUAGCAGGGGGCAAGCACUGACUUGGUAGGUAAGCCUUUCCCAUGGCCUCUCCACGUACUAUAACAAUAGUUGCCCUCUCAAUGGCUCUUGGCCUUUUCUUUGUUUUCAUGGGAACAAUUAAACUGACACCCAGGCUCAGCAAGGAUGCAUACGGCGAGAUGAAACGUGCAUAUAAAAGUUACCUAAAGGCUCUCCCAGGACUCAAGAAGCUUGGCAUUUCCGCUGUGUUUUUGCGGAAGACUAUUGGAUCUCUAGAACUGGCUUGUGGAAUUGUCCUCACUUUGGUUCCUGGACGUCCUAGAGAUGUAGCCAACUUUCUCCUUCUCCUUCUAGUCCUUAUUGUCCUAUUCUUCCAUCAGCUUGUAGGUGACCCCUUGAAACGAUAUGCCCAUGCACUCGUUUUUGGCAUUCUCCUUACUUGUCGCUUGCUUAUUUCACGUCAGCCUGAGGAAGAGUCACAAGACAAAAAGUCAACAGGCGAUGAAAAUGGUGACCUACAGCGAGACCCCAGGAAAAUGAAGGUUUCUUAGACCAUGGAAUGAUAUGGCUGUUUAAAGUGUUUUUAAAGGAUUCCUCGGAGUUUAUUCACAAUUUCCCAUUUGCCCUCAGCACUGACGUCCUGCUCACAUACAAUAAAAAUAAAGAAAAUAAUCCUUUUUCCAAUAUAAUAAGUUAAGACAUUGGCAUCAUUACAAGGUAUGGUGGCACUUGUGCUUGUUGAUGGCAUAACAGGAAUGCGUUGCCUGUGUCAAAUAGCUCAGGAAAUUUUGGAGAAAAUAGAGACGAAGCAUAUAUUGUAGGAUCACUUAGCCUUGAGGAUCAGAACUCUGCACCAUAAACUAGCUAAUUAUUUCUUUUCGAGAACUUUUAGGAUUCUGCCCAAAACGGUGAUAUAAAAAUAACUUUGAAGACACCUUUAGACAGAAGGUCACAUCGAAACAAGACACAAGAAGAUGUCUUCUUUCCACUAUAAGCAUGUGCAAUGUAAUCAAAUCAAUGGCACACAGGCAAAUUUAGCAUCUGAAGAUAAGAAAGUCAUUAUACCUUUCCCAUAACAGACUUACGGCAGCUGGGAGCAAGCACCCAAAUAAACCACUUAUUGAAAGACCCA